CGGCGAUCGUACUGGAUACGAGCGAGAAACAACCACCUCACCUGCGAAGGAAGGGCUAAACUGCAUCGCUCAAAACUUCUGCGGUUGAAGUUGGUCUCAUCUUCUCUCUUCCUGUUCAGACUCAGACUCCGGGGCCGGUCCGCUUGUACCGUCUGAUAUGUUGACGGGCCAGGAACACCGACAGGAACAGGAAGACUGAGAAACGGAUCAGGACAGGAACAGACAGGAAGAGGAACAGGAACAGGAACAGAAAACACAACAGGGAUAAUACCAGAGACAAGACAAAUGCAGCCUUAUCGACCGGCUUAUCGAAACCCUUCGCCCGACCCCGAGCAGGACCUCGCCAUGCUGCCUCCGCAAAACAACUACUACUCGCCCGUCAACCCCCAGCCGCCUCGCCCUCCGCAGCAUCGCCAGCAGCAUCUCCCUCACGACGACCAGUACUACUCGGAAGACUAUGUUCCGCAGCAUCCGGGCCGGUCAGACGUCACCGCCGGCGCAGACAACUACGGCCAUGCGGCGGCCGGCGGAGGCAUGACCGGGCUGGCCUCGGGGGUCGCUGCAUACCCGGGCCACUCUCGCCGGCACCUGCAUGACUCGCGUGCCUACGAGGAGAUGGGAUACCAGGAGACCAUGGGCGGCAGCUAUGAUCCCGCUGCCUAUGCCCAUAGCCGCAGCUACCAGGAUCACACCAACUACACCAACAACAGCAACUAUAGUAACAACCAUGGCAACCAUGGCAAUGAUACGUACAAUGCGUACCAGGAUAGUGCCGCACGAUACCACUAUGAUGACCCGUACAGGAGAGACGAGUCUGGCCUCGGCGCAGUGCAUCCAGAGUCCAUCAACCCGCACGACAUCGUCGACGACGGAGACGACGGCUUCAUCCCCGAGCCCAAGAGACGCUCCCUCCUCAGCAUGGGCCACAACUCAAGCCACAACAACCUCUAUCCCGGCGUCGGGGCGGGAGCUGCUGCAUCUGGUUCAUUGCCGGGCUCGGGUGCCCGCAGUCCCGCCGGUGCAAGCGGUGGCAGCGGGAACGGCAGCGGGAGCGGAGCGGGUGUCGGCGCAGACACUCCCCUCUACAACCUCGCAACCGGAGAGAAAAAGGUCUUUGCCGACGAAGAACGAUCCCGCAAGAAACGCCUCUGGAUCAUCGGCAUCAUCGUCGCCCUCGUCCUCGCCGGUGCCAUAGCCGGCGGUGUCACCGCAGGUAUCCUCGCCAACCAAAAAGCGAGCUCCGACCCCAACAGGCCCGGCCACAGCGGCUCCGGCGCAGACGACGACAAGGGAGAUCUCGGCAAGGACUCAAAGGAGAUCAAGGCCCUGCAGAGUAAGGACCUGCAUAAGGUCUUCCCAGGCAUGGACUACACCCCCUGGGGCACCCAGUACCCGCUCUGCCUCAAGUACCCGCCCAGCCAGAACAACGUCACCCGCGACAUCGCCGUGCUCUCCCAGCUCACCAACACCGUCCGUCUGUACGGCACAGACUGCAACCAGACCGAGAUGGUCCUGCAUGCCUUUGAGCGCCUCGAGCUCAAGCAGAUGAAGCUCUGGCUCGGCGUCUGGAUAGACACCAACACCACCACCAACGACCGCCAGAUCAAACAGCUCUACAACAUCCUCGAAAACACCCGCGACAAGUCCGUCUUCAAGGGCGUCAUCGUCGGCAACGAGGUGCUGUAUCGUGGCAAAAACGACCCGUCCACUCUCACACAGCUCAUGAAAUACAUCACCGGCGUCAAGAAGGAGCUCGCAUCGCUCAACCUCGACCUCCCCAUCGCCACGUCAGACCUGGGCGACGCCUGGACUCAGCCGCUCACCAAGAUCGUCGAUGUAGUCAUGUCCAACGUCCAUCCGUUCUUCGCCGGCGUCACGGCCGACAAGGGCACGGGCUGGGCAUGGUCGUUCUGGACCGAACACGACGUCGCGUUGACAAAGGGCACGGAUAAGAAACAGAUCAUCUCGGAAAUCGGAUGGCCUAGCGGUGGAGGGAAUAACUGCGGCGAUUCCAAGUGUCCGGAUUCCGACUCGGGGUCUGUAGCCAGCGUCAAGGACAUGAAUAUCUUCAUGGAGAAUUGGGUGUGUCAGGCCCUCAGUAACGGGACGGAUUAUUUCUGGUUUGAGGCGUUUGAUGAGCCGUGGAAAGUCACGUUCAAUGAGCCCGGCAAGGAAUGGGAAGAUAAAUGGGGUCUUAUGGAUCCUGCCCGUGUUCUCAAGCCUGGCAUCAAGAUUCCCGACUGCGGCGGCAAGACGGUCGAUUAGCCGACGUCUCCACUGACUUUCAUCACCAUCUACACCCGACAUAUACUUCGACAUCUAUCUCGAUAUAGACUCGCUUUUCCUCUAUAUACCUCCCGCCCCAGCCAUAUACACCGGCAUUUACAGCCCAGCCAGCUCACACUUUUCACACGUUCGAGCACCAGCGCGCUUCUCUUCUUUUUCCUCUUCCUUUUCCCACUUAUUGAUUGACGCUGACACACGCAUUAUGUAAAUACCUUCUUCUCCCCUUCCUACCUUCUUCCUCCCCUCAAAUCCGCAGAUCACCUUUUACCUUUUUACCCGAUCCCACCGACCGAUCGUCUCUAGUGGCAUCGACAGCAGCUCAAAUAAGCUCCUCGACCGCACACGCACCCCCCUCGGCAUAUACUUUCCGCCCCGCGGUCCCCGCUU